CUAAACUAACGUCGCCUUUAUCCGCUUCCCCACCGUGCUUUUCAGAUUGGUCAAGCUCCUUUUACUCCCCGCAACAAAACACCACCUAGUUGCAGAUUUUUUCUUCUUCAAAAAUUUGUUUAUCUUUAUCCUAAUUUGAUUUGGCUUUAAGGUUUUUCAUAAUAGCGGUUUUCUUUUUAUUAUUUGUUGUUAUUAUUAUGACGUAAUUUCAAUCUUUUUCACAAUGACUCCAUAAUGGCGAUUAGUGAAGUUUCUGAGCUGUGUGAGCGAUUUAGUAUAAAGUAUACGAUGCAUCGUUUCUGGUUCUGGAUGUUCAUGUUCGAGCAAAGAUCUUCUGUGUGUGUACGGUUACUGCUUUGACGUUUUGGAUUUUCAGUAAGUCAAAUCUCGGAAGUCCUCAGUGAAGUUCUUCAGCUUAGUUAGGGUUUGGAAGAUACUUAUGAAAAAGAAAAAUCACUUAGUAUAGGGAUUAGUAUUUUCCCUGGAUCCAGGGUUAGUUUUCAAUAAUUUUUAAGGUUGGAUUUGAAGUGAAUGGUUUUAGAAAGGGAUACUCUGCUCACCAGAAAGGGUUUUUUGUUUGAGAGUGCUGUGGAUAUAUGGUCAGGGCAUUUGUUAGUCUUACUUUAUAGUUGUAUUGGUCUUAUUAUUUUCUUUUAACUGCAUAUCUAGUGAUUUGAAGUUGAACUUGGGUUGGGGUUCCUGGUGAUUAUUGCAUGUGCUGUUUUUCUUUGGAUGAGAACGGGUUAUAAUAAUCACUGUGAAUUUGGGCAUUCUGGAUGACAAGGGUUGUCCAGAUGAGUGUUGAUGGCGACGGCAAAGAGCUGAGAGAACUGAAUCAGUGCUUACGAGACGGGAAGAAAAUUGCUGGUGGGGAACGUGGUUUAUACGAGGGCGAUGAAGUGAAAUGUAAUGGAGUUGCUGAAGAAGUUAAGAUUGGAAAGGGGGGGAUUGUGGAGUCCUCCUCUGUCCAGCAGCAUAUACCACAGCCUCAAGGGGCAAUAAUUUGUUGGGAGAGGUUUUUGCAUAUUAGAUCCCUUAAGGUCUUGCUUGUGGAGUAUGAUGACUCUACCCGUCAUGUUGUCACUGCACUGCUUCGCAAUUGUAGUUAUGAAGUUAUUGACGCAGCAAAUGGAUUGCAAGCUUGGAAGAUAUUGGAGGAUUUAACCAAUCAUAUUGAUCUCAUUUUAACUGAGGUGGCAAUGCCUGGCUUAUCAGGCAUUGGUCUACUAUACAAGAUUAUGGGCCACAAAACCCGGAAAAAUAUUCCAGUAGUUAUGAUGUCAUCUCAUGAUUCUAUGGGUUUAGUCUUUAAGUGUUUGUCAAAGGGUGCUGUUGACUUUCUAGUUAAACCCAUACGGAAGAAUGAGCUUAAAAACCUGUGGCAGCAUGUUUGGAGAAGAUGUCACAGUUCUAGUGGGAGUGGCAGUGAAAGUGGCACACAAACCCAGAAGUCUGUAAAAUCAAAGAGUCUUGAGAAGUUUGAUAAUAAUUCUGGAAGCAAUGGCGAAGAUGAUAAUGGAAGUAUAGGACUGAAUAAUGGGGAUGGAAGUGACAAUGGUAGUGGCACUCAGAGCUCAUGGACCAAACAUGCUGUAGAAGUUGAUAGUCCUAAACCAGUUUCCCACUGGGAUAAAAUAGCUGAGUGCCCUGACAGUACCUGUGCUCAAGUUGUUCACUCCAAUGCUGAAAUUGGUGAGAACAAGGUGGUUCCUCUAGCUGUGAAGGAGUGUCCAGAACAGAAGGAACAACUUGUCAAAACUGCAGGUUCUAAACAUAGCAAUGCACCUGAUGUCGGCCCCUCUAAAUUUAAUGAUCAAAUUAAUAGAGGACAACUGGAUCUUAAUUGUGAAAAUCAAUCUAGCAAGCUAAGGUGCAAAGGUUUAUCACUGUCUGAUGCCAUUACUAGCACUUCUGAUUCUCAGAUGCAUAGUGGAGGAUUUGAAGCCUUGUAUAAAAAACCCAAGUCCUCAGAUAUUGAAAAUAAAGACACUAAUAAUGAUGAAGAAUUGCCAUCUCUUGAGCUCAGUUUAAAGAGGCUUAGAGGAGUUGAAGAUGCUGGUAUUGCAAUUCAGGAUGACAGGAAUGUUUUAAGACGUUCUGAUCAGUCUGCUUUCUCAAGGUACAAUGCAGCCUCAAACCCUAAGAAAUCUCCCACUGGAUGUGUUGGAAGCAAUUCUCCUCAUAAUAAUAGCUUAGAAGUUACAAAGAAAGAUUCAUCUCACGAUAUUCAAUCUCAUUCUAGCGGCAAUCCUCCUAACCAAAACUCAAAUGGUGCUAGCAAUAACAUUGAUAUGGGUUCCACUACUAAUAAUGCUUACGCUAAAUCUGCAGUUAUAAGUGAGCCAGCAGUAGCAUCAACAACCAAAUGUUUGUACCAAACAUCUGCUUACCAGCCUGAAAAAAACAACCUUGUUUGUACCUCUCAACAAGUUGUCUUACACAAUACUGAAGAUACGAUGGCAACAAUGCUGGCACCACCUAAACUAGACAGACAUAAAGAUUCUGCAGCUCCAGACUUCCAUCUCCAUUGUGAAAACCAUAACUGUAUUGCUGACAACAUGAAGCACCAGCUGCCACCUGAUCAUGAUACUGAAUCUAUAAAGAAAAUGGCCACUGCUGCUCCACAUUGUGGAUCAUCAAAUGCGGUUGAAGUGCUAGUUGAAGGUAAUGUUGGAAACCACAGUAUCAAUAGAAGUGCCUCAGGCAGCAACAAUGGAAGCAAUGGACAAAAUGGGAGCAGCACGGCGGUUAAUGCUGGAGGGACAAACAUGAAAAGCAACAAUGGACUCACUGGGAAUAGUGGCAGUGGUGAUGCUAGCGGAAGUGUAAGUGCCAACAGAGUAGAUCAAAACAAGACUUCUCAAAGGGAAGCGGCCUUAACUAAAUUUCGCCAAAAGAGAAAAGAGAGAAGGGAGAGGUGCUUUCAUAAAAAGGUUCGAUAUCAGAGCAGAAAGAGAUUAGCUGAACAACGACCUCGAUUUCGUGGACAAUUUGUUCGACAGUCCUCUAACGAAAAUGCAAGUGAGGCAACAACAGAUAGCUGAUUCAGAGCAUUUGCCACAAUGGCAUAAUGAUGGGGAUAUGCGAGAAAAGGUCGAGGAGUCUGCAUGUAGAAUUUGGGAAUUGUUCUGUGUGUUUGUGUUAAAAAGGUAUAAUGACUCUGGUUAUUCCAACUUGUUCAUUUGAAACCUGAAUCAAUUUAUGUGGUGAGAGAUUGUUAUAUGCUGAUUGAUGCUCGGAUAACUUAUAGCGACUCAAUAAUUUCAAUUACUUGUCGAUCUUGUGCUUGAAGAAUCAAAUGUGUUAGUUCACA